GGGGUAAAGGUCCUUGGUGGGAAUUGAUCGAGGGUUUGUUUCAUUGUGGGUUGUUACUAAGUCGGAGUGGGAACCUCCCACAAGGUGGGUGGGGAGUACCGCUCCAUAAAUGUACCGAGAGCCAAAGAUCUUUGCCGAGAGCUGCAGGGGGAUGAGAAGUGAGAGGGAGGACGGUGCGUGGAGCACAGAGACCAUGCGCUAGGAGUAGUCCAGUGCCAAGUUUCUUUUUUUGCAAAGCGCUGCCACUGAGUGCACCUCCUCUCAUCCGUCUGUAGAAUCACUGCUCUCUCCUUCACACCGCCAUCUGGGACGGAUCUGUAAAGCCGCGACUCGUUCCUUCUUCAAGGCCUCGAGCAUGUCAGUAACGGUGCACGAGAACCGCAAGUCUCGCUCCAGCUCGGGCUCGAUGAACAUCCAACUGUUCCACAAGCCGUCGCACGCCGACAGCCUGCUGACCCACCUCAACCUGCUGCGCAAGCGCCACCUGUUCACGGACGUGACGCUGUGCGCGGGCGCCCGCACCUUCCAGUGCCACCGGGCGGUGCUGGCCUCCUGCAGCCGCUACUUCGAGGCCAUGUUCGCCGGCGGCAUGAAGGAGAGCCGGGACGGCACGGUCAACUUCCACGACUCGCUGCACCCCGAGGUGCUGGAGCUGCUGCUGGACUACGCCUACACCGCGCGCGUCCUCAUCAACGAGGAGAAUGCCGAGUCGCUGCUGGAGGCCAGCGACAUGCUGCAGUUCCACGAGAUCCGCGACGCCUCGGCUGAGUUCUUGGAGAAGAACCUGCACCCCAUGAACUGCCUGGGCAUGAUGCUCCUGUCCGACGCCCACCAGUGCGAGCAGCUCUUCCAGCUCUCCUGGCAGACGUGCCUGGCCUACUUCACCGUCCUGUAUCGCACCGAAGACUUCCUGGGCCUGCCCGUGGACAAGCUGCUGGAGCUGGUCCUCAGUGAAGACCUGGAGGUGGAGGACGAGAGUUUGGUGUACGAGGCGGUGAUGGGUUGGGUGAAGCACGACCUGCAGCGGAGGCUGGAGCACCUGCCCGAACUCCUGCGCUGUGUACGCCUGGCCCUGCUGCCCCAGUCCUACCUGUACAACAGCGUGCUGGGCGAGGAUCUGGUGGCGGGUCACAAACUGGGCCGGGGGGUGGUGGAGGAGGCCAUCUCCUGCAAGCUGAGGAUCCUGCAGAACGACGGGGUGGUCACCCUGCUCUGCGCCCGUCCCCGCAAAGUCAACCACGACAUCCUGCUGCUGGGCGGGCAGACCUUCGCCUGCGACAAGAUCUACGCCAUCGACCAGAAGACCAAGGCGGUCACGCCCAAGGCGGACAUCCCCAGCCCGCGCAAGGAGUGCAGCGCCUGCGCUAUCGGCUGCAAGGUCUACGUGACGGGGGGCAGGAGCUCGGAGAACGGGGUGUCCCGGGACGUCUGGGUGUACGACACCCUGCACGACGAGUGGGCUAAGGCGGCCCCCAUGCUGCUGGCGCGGUACGGGCACGGCACGGCGGAGCUGGACGCGUGCCUGUACGCGGUGGGCGGGCACACGGCGGUCAGCGCCACCCUGCCCGCCUCGCCCUCCGUCUCGGUCAAGCAGGUGGAGCAGUUCGACCCGCAGGCCAACAAGUGGACGCUGGUGGCCCCGCUGCGCGAGGGGGUGAGCAACGCCGCCGUGGUGGGCGCCAAACUCAAGCUCUUCGUCUUCGGCGGCACCAGCGUCAACCGGGAGAAGCUGCCGCGGGUGCAGUGCUACUCGCCGGCCGAGAACCGCUGGACCGUGCCCGCCAAGUGCCCGCAGCCCUGGCGCUACACCUCCGCCGCCGUGGUGGGCGACCACAUCGUGGUCAUCGGCGGCGACACCGAGAUCUCGGCAAACUCCGCCUACCGCUUCAACACCGACACCUACCAGUGGUCCAAGUUCGGCGAUGUGGCGGCCCGGAGAGUCAGCUGCCACUCAGUCGCCUCCGGCAACCGUCUCUACGUGGUUGGCGGUUACUUUGGCGACCAGCGCUGUAAGACCCUGGACUGUUACGAUGCCUCCACCGACUCCUGGAGCAACGUCACCACCGUGCCCUACGCCCUCAUUCCCACCGCCUUCGUCAGCACCUGGAAGUAUCUCUCCGUGUAGGACCGUCGCCAAAACACAAGCGCCCUCAGGCCUCGAGGAGCGUGCGAUGCUGUUGACCAGUGGAGAUGUUUUGGACGAGUCGCGUUGGGCGUUGCCGCCUUUGCCGUCAUUCCCUCUGCUUGGACCCACGGAGCCUGAGGAAGGAUUGAAGCGGGAGGUCCAGCUGAGGACUGGCGCCAGACGCACGGCGGGUUUGAGCAGCACCGCUCCAGAGAGUUACUGGACUCUCACCUCUCUCGCCUCCUCCAACCCUUAACACAAGAGACGAUAAAAUGACUGCCGUUGUGGUAGGCGGCUGCGACUGACUGAUUCAAUGGAUGGCUGAGCCAGGUUAUGGUGCUAUUUCCUACCCCGUUUGCUAAGGGUUGGCACCUUGUAAUUCUGUGGCCUUCUGCUGCUGUGUGGGACAGAGACAGUGUGUGCAUCUGACGCACAGGUAUGGAGUGAUCAUCCUGGGACAAAUACUGUGGCCCCACCACCUUGACCAUAUCGGACGGAGCAGGUUUACAUGGUUUAGAGACACAGCAUGGAAACUGGCCCUUCGGCCCACCAAGUCCAUGCUACCCAGCGAUGACCCUUGCACACUAGUCCUAUGUUAUCCCACCUUCCCAUCCUCUCCCCACACACUGAGGACAGUUUUUCAGAGGCUGAUUAACCUCCCAACCCGCACGUCUUUGGAUUGUGGAAGGAAAAGGGCGCACUCAGAGCAAAGCCACGCAGACUCCACACAGGCUGCUACUGAGGUCGGGGUUGAACAUGGGUCUCUGGUGCUGAGAGGGAAGGAACUGCAGAUGCUGGUGGACACAAAAUGCUGGAGUAACUCAGCGGGACGAGCAGCAUCACUGGAGAAUCUGAUGCUGUGAGGCAGCAGCUCUACCAGCUGUGCCACCAUGCUGCUCUGGUAUGGAAUUGUUCAAGGAAGGGACUUUCCACUAUUGCCUGAAGACCAGUGCUACAGAACUGGCAAAACCUGCCUCCAGGAAGUAACCUUGUUAAAGCUGGAACCUGUUCUUGAUCAGAAUCUGUGAACUGUGGUCCUGUUUUUUUUUUUUUUUUUUUACUCCAUUCACAAAGGCUACCCACAGAAGGUGGAAUUCUUUGCCAUAGAAGGCUGUGGGGGCCACAAGUCAGUGGGUAGUUUUAAGGCAGAGAUAGAUAGAUUCUUGAAUAGUAUGGGUGUCAGAGGUUAUGGGGAUAAUGGGGUUAGGAGGCAGAGAUAGAUCCGCCAUUAUUGAAUGGUGGAAUAGGCUUGAUGGGCCGAAUGGCCUAAUUCUACUUCUGUUCCUUAUCACCUUUUGUUAUUUGGAUGUUAAUUUUUGCCAUGGCUCUUGCAUGUUCUCUCACACUGCAUUUGGUACAAGCUUCGAUGAACCCAAGAGAAAACACGCCUUAAUAAAAAUCUGCCAAGAUCGCCCUUCCUUCACCGAGGAGGCAUCUGACCCCCGUGUCAUAAGCAAGUGGAUUUUUUCACCUUGUUUUACAAUUUUUUAAUUUUUUAAUUUUUUUUUAAAGCUCUAUUUUCGUGUUGGUAGUAUGUGUGAAGUCUUUUAAGUUGUACACCACGAGGGAGCAACUCGGUGGGUUUGUGUAUCACCUUGCCCCGCUGUCGAGUGCAAACUUGCCGUGUGUUGGGUGAUGUUGGGCACUCUUUCCAUCCUGGUCCUCCAGACAAGUAACACCAUAAGCCCAACAAAACCACCGCUGGUUUACAGCCAAAACAUCAGAGGUGAACCUCCACGUCAGAAACACUGCUGCGUUCAAAGAGUUUUGCACUUCACCUGCACCAUCUUGAGUCUGCUGAGAUUUGCCUCUGUAUGCCUUAAGCUAACCUUGUCUCUGUGCUUUGGUACAUAUAUCCCACACCAUCCAUACAUGGGGAUAAUAGGUUGCAUUCCUGGUACCAUGUGGUUUUCGUGUGUGGGAAAGAACUGCUGAUGCUGGUUUAAAUCUCUCUGGAACUCUCUGCCAUCUCUGGAACUCUCUGCCACAGAGGGUAGUUGAGGCCAGUUCAUUGGCUAUAUUUAAGAGGGAGCUAGAUGCGGCCCUUGUGGCUAAGGGGAUCAGGGGGUAUGGAGAGAAGGCAGGUACGGGAUACUGAGUUGGAUGAUCAGCCAUGAUCAUAUUGAAUGGCGGUGCAGGCUCGAAGGGCCGAAUGGCCUACUCCUGCACCUAUUUUCUAUGUUUCUAAAUAGAAGAUGGACACAAAAUGCUGGAUUACUCCCGCUUUUUGAGUUGACCGUCUGGACUUCAGAAGGGGCGGGCUCUCAUUUGCAACAAUUGGCUAUGGCGGCCAUUGUAGUGUGUUCUUCCCCCCAGCUUUACCUUUACGUUUUAGAAAGGAGGUGAGGAGGAAUUUCUUUAGACAGAGGGUGGUGAAUCUGUGGAAUUCAUUGCCGCAAACAGGGGUGGAGGCCAAGUCAAUGGAUAUUUUUAAUGCGGAGAGUGAUAGAUUCUUGAUUAGUAAGGGUGUCGGGGGGGUUACAGGGAGAAGGCAGGAGUAUGGGGUUGAGAGGGAAAGAUAGUUCGGCCAUGAUUGAAUGGUUGAGUAGACAUGAAGGGCCAAAUGGCUUAAUUCUGCUCCUACGAGCUGCACUCCUGUGUAAAGUCCUUUUUGAGUAAUUUCCCUUAUCUGUGCUGAAUGCUAACCGGGUUCUGGAAGGGCAGAUAAUGCAAUAGAUGAAGUAGUUUGCAUCAAUAGGCCAUUGGGAUAACCUCAGUGGAAGCUUGCACGUUGGUCGGUGUUUAAAUGGGGUCGUUUCACCACAUGUUGCUGGACAGUGGAAGCUCUGAGGCCACAAUGAAGAACCCUGCCCCUAUAGUUUGGGUACAAAGAAGUCUCGGUUGCCAUGUUAGCAGCCGCUGAUUCCUCUCACGUUCAACCCUGUGAGUUAUAAAAGCCGUCUCCAGCACUGAGGAACAUUUGAACGCUUCGCCCUCUGGAGCGGUAUUCUCUUUCAAAUUUAAAUGAAGGAAACGAUUUGCAUUCUUGUUUAUACUGUAGAUGUUUUGUGCGUUCCGGGAGCAAGUCUAUUUUCUAACAAUGUAGGGAAUUUGCAUUGAGAGCUCUUCUGUAACUUGUCUGACCUGCACAGCUGUCUGUCUGCGUCUGUCUGCUUCUGAGUCUUGUGCUUGAAGCUGUGUGUCACACCUGUCACUUUAAUUUUGAAGAUUUAAAUAAAUGGUCUUUGAACAAG